AUUGAAUUUUCGACAACAAAACAAAUUUGAUUGAAAAUUAAAAUAACUUCAAUUCUAGUAUAUGAAAUAUAUGCAAGCGAAAUAUAAUAAGUGGUUAAAUGUAAUGUUGUUUAAUUUAACUGAACAAUAUCAAUGAUUCCAACAAUAAUAAAGACACUCCUUAAACGAUAAAGUGGUGGCAGUGGAGUAGAAUCAUCACCCGCACACAACCAGCUUCCGUUGAGAAAUUAGAAGUUAGGAAGGCAUAGAAUUAGAAUAUAUUAUUAUUUCUAGUACAAGGGUUGAUUUUGGAUUUCUAUAAUUUACCAUAAAACAAUGACUACCGAAGGAGCCGCAGAACAAAUUCGAAGCAAAGUUCAGCAACUUAGGGCGAUAUAAUUCUUAAACUACCGGAAGCGAUGUCGAUACACAAAAUGAAAUAUUAGUAGCAUUUUGAAGAAAAACUGAAGCCCUUUCUUGAUUUUAAUUUAAACAGAAUCGAAAAACUUCGUAAUAAUGUUGAAUUAAUAUGGCCGGAAAAAGAAUUAUAACUUAUUUUCGUAUUUCAGUCACCCUUACUGAAAAUAUAAGAGACAAAUUGGCACAAAGCAACUUCUACAUCAACCCUUGUCCUUCUAGAGGACUUUUUGAAAAUACAUAUUGAUAUCUUUAUAGUUGGACGGCUAUAAAGCAUAUAAAUUUCAUCAUAUUGAAAUACAACAAAUUUUAAUAGCUUAAAAACGUCACAAAAUUGCCAAUUUCAUUAAAACACCUAAAACCAGAAAUAAAAAAACUGUAUAAAUGAACGGAUACAGAUUUAACCGGCAAUAAGCAGUUGUACAACUUGCUGGCUAAUUUUUACCAAAGAUGACAUUGAUUUUUACUGGAUCCUGUUCGUUAAACGCUCAGUAAAUUCCUUUCUUUCUUUCGGAAAGUUAAACCCAUUACUCUCUCAAUUUCGUUACUUCAGCAAAUAACAUUUUUAUUGACAUUUCUCAACGAAGAUAGCAUUGUGUAACAAAAUUGUACUCCAACGAUAUACAUUUUAAAUUCUUUCGAUUCCAGUUCCGAUACCUUAUGUUUGAACAUAUGGUUUCGAUACAUACCCAUUUAGAUAUGUAAAUAUGUGUUAAGCCGAAACAUAUGUUUUUAUAUCCACAAAUACAAUUUGCAUUUUCGACUACUUAAGCUGAAACGCGCCAAAAGUGCGAAAUAUUAAACAAUUUUACUUCAGUUUGAGUUCAAAUAUGAACUCCCAAAGUUAUUUUCCGAACUAUUAUGCCGUCGAAGAUCUAUUCGUAACACAAGAAAAAGUGGAAUGUAAAGUUAACACGAAACUAUUGAAAAUGGGUUUCCUUGAUCCUGGCGCAGAAUCGGACGAUUUAAAUACGGGACGCACAGUGAAUCUGCCUUUAUGGUAUAUAAAAGAGUUAAAGGUUAAUAAUCCAUAUUUUACAGUAAACGUGCCAGAUAUCUACAAAAAUGUACAUAAAGCGGUAUGUGAAGCAGAAACAACGCAUAUAGAGUUGGGUAAACUACAUCCUUAUUUUUACGAGUACGGACGGUAUUUAACACCAUACGAUCGCAAUCAUAUUGUUGGACGAAUUGUUUUCGAAACGAUGCGUCAACGUGUGCGACAUUUACUUGACAUCUCAAAAAGCUCUACGGAAGAUGGUAAACCGGAACAUCGUUUGGAUGACAUUGAACAAAAAUUAUAUGAUUCUGGUGUGAAGACAAAUACGAUGUUUACUAACUGGCUGCAAAUGAAAUCCAAUAAGCUUCUUAUUAGUGAAUUGGUUCACGAACAUAGCAAGAAAAGAAAACGUAAGCAACUUGAUUUGGAUGGAGAAAGUACCUCUCCAGAACAAACACGGAAACGGCCAACCAUUUAACUAUUUAUUUACUGCUGAUGCACAGAACUGAAAUUAGAAAUUUUACGAAACAAAACUACAAUAAUAAAUACACCUAUG